AUCAACAACAACAACAAAAACAAAUUCAGCAUUCAUCAUCGUCAGGGUUUAGUUUUGGUACGAAAAAUCAUAAUCAGCAUAAUAACAAUAUGAUGUCAGAUAAUAAAAAUAGUAAUGAAGGAGAAAAAUCACGUAAUUUAGGUUUAUUAGAAUCUUCAACCAGAUCAUCAUCAUCAUCACAAAAAUCAACAGAUUUAAAGUCAUCGACUAAUAAUUUUCCACCAGAUUUACAAGAUUAUGUUAAUCGAGCAUUCGCUUUAUCGAACAAUGAUCUGGAUAAAGAUCGUAUCGAAAUAAUCUUGAAAGGCAAGUUAACAUUGGCAUUGAAAAAUGGUACUCUUUAUACGAAAGAUUGGAAAAAGGAACCAUUACCACUGUUGAAUCAAUCGGGUGACGGUAACAAAAAUAAAUUGACUGCUAAUAAUAAAAAUCAUCAAUCAAAAACAUCGACGACGGCAGGCGAUUCGUAUAAAUAUAAAGGAUAUUUUUCUAGCCCGGAAAAAAGUCCAUCGUCAUCAUCAUCAUCGAAUAGCAGUAGUAAUGGGGAUGAUAGAUUUUAUAAUGGUUCUGGGGGUAAGCGUCAUUCAUCAUUCAUUGUUGAUCGUAGUGUUUCGACAAAAUCAUCUGGCAGUAAAAAAUUGAAAAAUGAUAGAAAAAAUAAUAAAAAUAAGAGUAAUAAAAAUGAUAAGGAUAAUGAUAAUGAUUUUAUUCCACUUAUUGAAUCAAUGAAUAGUGGUGGUGGCAAGAAUAAUAAGCGGGGAAGGAAACGAAAAAAUCGUCGACAACAGAAUAACAAAGGAAAAAAGAAAUCACCAUUCUGGAAUGAUUUUGAUGAUGAUGAUGAUGAUGACGAUGAUGACUUUGAUAAUGAUAAUGGUGAUGAUGAAAAUAUUUCCACUAAAUCAACAUCGACAGAUGUAUUUAGCCAAGAAAAAGUUGCCAAACGAAAAGCUAGAUUUGAAGAUUCAAUCAAUGCUCAACCAUCAAUCAAAAUGAAUUCAUUUAAAAAGUCGAAUAAUCGUGAAGUUAUUAGGUUUAAUAAUAAUAAUCAACGUUCAUCAUCCACAUCUUUUCAAAUUGAUUAUGAUGGUUAUGGUGAAUUUGAUUUAUCGACAAUUGAACCGAUUGUUGGUACAAAUGAUAAUCUUGAGAAACAAUAUCUAAGGUUAACACAAGCACCUGAUCCAUCGACCGUAAGGCCAUUAGAAGUGUUACGUAAGUCAUUACAAAUGGUCAAAGUUAAAUGGCGUACUGGUCAGGAUUAUAAUUAUGUUUGUGAUCAACUGAAAUCUAUACGCCAAGAUAUUACUGUACAAUGUAUUAGGAAUAAUUUCACUGUUGAUGUAUAUGAAACACAUGCACGUAUUGCAUUGGAAAAGGGUGAUCACGGUGAAUUCAAUCAAUGUCAAAGUCAAUUAAAAGUUUUGUAUAAAGAAAAAGAAAAUGUUGGCGAUUCUCCAAAUCGUUGUGAAUUCAUUGGCUAUUUGAUUCUAUAUUAUAUCUAUUCGAAAAAUGAAAGUGAUCUUCAAAAUAUUCUACAUGAACUUGAUCAAUAUGAUAAACAAGAUGAGGUAAUAUCACAUGCAUUGCGUGUACGUAAUGCAUGGUCACUUAAAUUUUAUCAUCAAUUAUUUCGAUUAUAUGAUCGGGCACCAAAAAUGUCUGGCUAUCUGAUGGAUUGGUUCAUUGAAAGAGAGCGUAAAUUAGCAUUAAUGACUAUCAUCAAGUCAUAUCGACCGACAAUUCCAUUGUCUUUUUUGCGUAAAGAAUUAUCGUUUAAUAAUGAUAACAAUCUUUCAGAAUUUUUAUCACAAUUUGAUGUUAAAUAUGUUGAACAACAGACGGACAAUACUAUUACAAUGGCUAAAAAAGUAGCUGAUAUUGGUGAUAGGAUAAUUGAUUGUAAAGCAUCGCAAACAUCAUUGUUACAGCAACAGCGUCAAUAAUUUGCUUGAGAAAAAAAACAGGAAUAUAAGAAGGAUGGUGAUUGUGGUGAAUGAUGAUGAUGAUGAUGAUGAUGACAAAGAGAGAAAAGGAAUCAAAGAAACUGAAUGUCCAGAAAUUUACAUUUCCAGAAUUUUUCAAUGCAAUUUUCAUUUUUUUCGAAAAUAUGGAUCGAUGAAGAAGAAAAAAAAUUCCUUCUCAUCAUCAUCACCAUCAAAUUUUUGUUUGGUAGUCAAAGAUUUUUUUUUGUUCGAAAACUUGUUGCUGAAACACAAUAACUGGGACUCUACUUAUUAUCUCGGUCACAUUUGGUCUUUUUUUGGGACAUCUCGUCUCUUUAUUUGUUGUUAUUGUCUGUAUAUCGUGUUUGUUUGUGUUCUGUUGGUGAAUAUAGGUAUCGAUUAUAGCUUAUUGAUGAUCUGUGUUGAAAAAAAAUCAAAUUAUUAGGCAAGAAAAUAUUCAUUUCAUUUUGAAGAAACCAAAAAAAAAAGGAAUUGUCCAUAAAGUAUAUAUUUACGCUCUCUUUCAAUGAAUCGAACCAAUAAAAAUCAGAUGAAUGGUCAGAUUUUGGAUGGAAAUCAAAAUAUCCAAAACAAACUCAUCUCCCAU